GUCUUCACUCGCUAUGGGAAGUGUUACACCUUUAACGCUGGCGGGGACGGACGCCCUCCCCUCUUCACCACCAAAGGAGGGAUGGGAAACGGGCUUGAGCUCAUGCUGGACAUUCAGCAGGAUGAAUACCUGCCAGUCUGGGGGGAAACAGAUGAGACUUCGUUCGAGGCCGGGGUCAAAGUUCAGAUCCACAGCCAGGACGAGCCGUCCUUCAUUGACCAGCUCGGUUUCGGGGUGGCUCCUGGGUUCCAGACUUUUGUGUCCUGCCAGGAACAGCGGCUGAUUUAUCUGCCGCCACCGUGGGGUGACUGUAAGGUGACGCCCAUGGAGUCCAACUUCUUCGACAGCUACAGCAUCACGGCCUGUCGCAUCGACUGCGAGACCCGCUACCUUAUGGACAACUGCAACUGUCGCAUGGUGCACAUGCCCGGCAGUGCAUCUUACUGCACCCCCGAGUUGUACAAAGAGUGUGCUGACCCAGCUCUCGAUUUCCUGGUGGAGCAAGACAACGACUUCUGUGUUUGCGAAACGCCGUGCAACAUGACCAGAUACAGCAAAGAGCUGUCCUUUGUCAAGAUCCCUAGCAAGGCUUCUGCAAAGUACCUUGCAAAGAAAUACAACAAAACUGAGCAGUACAUUAAGGAAAACAUCCUGGUUUUGGACAUCUUUUUUGAAGCUCUCAACUAUGAAACCAUUGAACAGAAGAGAGCGUAUGAAGUAGCUGGACUUUUAGGCGACAUCGGUGGUCAGAUGGGCCUUUUCAUUGGGGCAAGCAUCCUGACAAUCCUGGAGAUAUUCGACUAUCUUUAUGAGGUGAUAAAGCACAAGCUCUGCCGCUGCUCUGCUAAGAAGCACAAGCACAACAACAACAACGACCAGGGGACGGUCCUGAGCUUAGACGACGUCAAGUGUCACGUCAGUAACUUUCACUGA